AUUAUUCCCUCUCUCUUCCACCCCGGAGGGGAGAGAGAGAGAGAGAGAAGGCCCCUCCUCUUUUUUCCUUUGUUCCGGCCCGACACCAAACCCUCCGCUUCGUCGGCGGGCAUCUUUCCUCCGAUCCCUCAACGGAUUUCCGACCCCCGCCCUCGAUCUCUCCAAUCCGCCCAGAAUUGUUCUGUGACCUCUUUGCUUGAUCAUGUGAGAAGGUUUCAUGGGAGGUGGUGGCUUAACAGGAAAUUGAGUAUAAUCUACAGAAACCAUGAAGAAAGCUUUCGAUCAAACUGUUCGGGACCUCAAGAGAGGGGUGAACAAGAAAGUUUUAAAGAUCCCAGGAAUAGAGCAGAAGAUUCUUGAUGCGACAAGCAAUGAGCCUUGGGGGCCACAUGGAUCACACCUGGCUGAUAUUGCACAAGCGACUCAAAACUUUCAUGAAUACCAGAUAAUCAUGCAUGUCAUCUGGAAGAGGAUUAAUGAUACUGGAAAAAACUGGCGUCAUGUUUACAAGGCCCUGAUUGUUUUGGAGUAUCUAGUUGCAAAUGGAUCUGAACCAGUCAUUGAUGAAAUGAGGGAGCACUCUUACCAGAUAUCGACUUUAUUUGAUUUCCAGUACAUUGAUUCUAGUGGAAGAGACCAGGGAAGAAAUGUUAGGAGGAAAUCUCAGAGUCUUGUUGCUCUGGUGAAUGAUAAAGAAAGAAUACAAGAAGUUAGGCUGAAAGCCCUUGCUAACAGGGACAAGUAUUGCAGUACAUUCUCAACUGGUGGAACAUAUAGGCCCAGCUCAUAUUCAAGUACAGGAGGCUAUGGAGAACGUUAUGAUGAUGAUCGUUAUGAUGUUCGCUAUGGUAGUAAAGAUGAAGAGCGGAAUGGGUAUGGAAGGGAAAGACAAUCGGCAUAUAGGGAUGGUGAUAGAUACAGCAGAAGUGGUGACUCAUAUAGUCGAGAAGGGGAUCGGUAUGGUAGGAAUUUUGAUGAUCGCUAUGGAAGAGAGAGCCAUAGAGAUGAUGAUCACAGAGGAAGCCGCAGCAAUGAAGAUUAUCAGUAUGGGUCAAGAAAUAGGAGUUUUGAUAGAGAUAGAGAUCAUUCCUUUGAUGAUGAUGACUGUUAUUCAUCUCGAAGUGGUGGUGGCAGAGCUGAUGACCCUUCUCAAGAUGACAGGCUAUUCAAGCGCAAGCUUUCCGAGCAAAAUGUUAGUGCACCACCCAGCUAUGAAGAAGUCACAAGAGAUGCCCAAACUCAUAUGCAGGAAGAAAAAAAUGGAGGCAAUAUAGCAGAAGCUGCACUAAAAGCAUCUCCACCCUCUGUACCUAAAGCAAGCUCUCCUAGGGAAAAUACAGGUCAAAUCUCAGACAAUGCUGUACCUGGUUUGCCUGUGUCAACCGAAUCCAAGGAUGUUGAUGGUUUUGAUGAUUUCGAUCCACGGGGUUCUGUGUUAGCUGCCCUGCCUGCUGCAAGUAGCUUGGAGGUGGACUUAUUUGGAUCUCUAUCAACAUCAGAUCCUAUAAAUCCAUUGGCUGUGGUGCCAGUAACUUCUGCCACCAUCACUCCUGAGGCUGUUUUUUCAGCAAAUUUGGGUUCUGGGACAGACUUUGUCUCUUUGUCAUCAGCAUCCCAUGUACUGAGCCAGCCUAGUGAAGAUCCUUUUGGGGAACCUCCUUUCAAGGCUACUCAAGAAAAUUUUCCUGCCCAGCAACAGAACUUUGCACCUGUCAAUUCCGUCCAGCUUCCUUCCAACUCAACUGGAGCUGCUGAACCUUCUAUGCCUUUAGCCACCAACAUGGAAACUGCUGCAAGCCUCGACUUUGGUGACUCGUUUGGUGGUAUUACUUAUACUCCUAGUGUCGCUAGCGGUCAACAACCUCCUUUUGCAAGCCCAGCAACUUUGGCCCCUGCAAUGCCUGCAGGCACUAAUGUUACAGGUAUGCUUGCCCCACAAGCAGGAGCUGCAGUAUCCAUUCCUUUACAAGCAACCGAACCUACUGCACCAACAAAUAUACAAACAAUCCAUUCAAACCUCCUCCCACAAUUAAUGCAAGCAGCUCCGCCAGCUUCACAAGCAGCUCCAUUUACUGCACAGGCAGCUCAGCCUUCUGCUCCAACGAAUAUGCCGGCGGGGCCCUCAUAUGAAUCUUCUUUCACAGUCAGGGCUAUCAGGCCCCACUUACCCUUUAGGUGCUGCCCCUACUUCAGCUUUACCUCCUGUUAAAUUCAGCCAUCCAAAGAAAAGUUUGAGACCAAAUCAACAGUUUGGGCUGACACACUGAGCCGAGGUCUUGUCAAUCUAAACAUUUCUGGACCUAAAAUCAAUCCGCAUGCGGAUAUUGGAAUUGAUUUUGACUCCAUCAAUCGGAAGGAGAAAAGAAAAGAGGAAAAGAGAAGCUCUGCAGCUACUGCAACAUCCACUGUUACCAUGGGCAAAGCUAUGGGAGCUGGUUCGGGAAUUGGCUGGGCAGGUGCGAGUGGCCGGGCACCUCCUCCAAAUCCCAUGAUGGGCUCUGGCAUGGGCAUGGGUAUGGGAAUAGGCAUGGGCGAUGGUGUUGCAACUGGAAUGGGAAUGGGCAUUGGUGGUUAUGGUGGGGGCAUGAAUCAACUGAUGGGCAUGGGCAUGGGCGUGGGGAUGAAUAUGGGUAUGGUCAUGGGUAUGGGAAUGCCAAUGCAGCUGCCCACCGGAAUGGCUACUUCUGGACCUGGUAUGCCUGGGGUUGGCUACAAUCCAAUGAUGGGUAUGGACCGCUAUGGUUCGCAGCAGCCAUAUGGUGGGUAUAGAUGAGGAAAUGUUCAUACAUUAAAAAUUGUAAUGGAGAAAAAAAGGAAACCAUAUAUUAGGAUUGCCUGCAUGUCUAUUGCUAUGUCCCUGAGUUUGGUUGGUUUUGGGUCAUCUUUUUAUCUACGUUGGGGGGUGGGAGAUGUAUUUACAUAUACACGGCUAAUCAAUCAGUUUAGUUUUUCAAAUGUUACAACUGUCUUUGUUGUAUCAAGUCAGAAUUAUGACUUAAAAAUUUAUUACAGCACGUUUGCUGAAGAGAAAAAUAAAUAUUAUUCUUGGUUUUAG